AUAUUGGCUCCCCUCUCCAGCUCCGCCGCUGCGGCAGAGAAUGACGUCACAAUCACAUGAUUGCGAGUUUGGAUUAGUAUUUUUCUCCUAAGGGUCAGCUCCCGAAGUCUGCACUUUUUCGGCUCACCGAGGCGGUAGAAAGCAAUUAUAAUAGUCUUGCCGGGAAAGAACCUUGUGACAGGAUGUUCAGAUCUUUGACAACACUUCUCGCCAUCACGGCACUCCUAGCAGCUCCCAUUUGUGCGCUGGGUGAUACGCUACCAACACAGGCCCCAGAAAUACCCACGACCACCGUUGAAACAACGACACCAGCUGCCACAACUACCCCAGCAACCACAACCACCUCCACUACGACCACCACCACCACAACACCAAAGCCAACAACGACCACUGCCGCCCCCGCCCCUGCUCCUACCACCCCUGCUCCUGCUCAGAUCGGAAACUGGAAUGUAACCGACAAGAAUAACAUCACCUGCAUGAUGCUCCAGGCGACCAUCCAGAUCUCUGUCACUUACACCACUGCUGACAACAAGACUGCUGUCGCAAACAUGACAGUGCCAGCCGUUGGUUCCAGUGCCAGUGGCUCGUGCGAAAACAACGAAACCCAAAGCAUUAGCAUCUCCUGGACGCCUGCUGAUCUCGAACAAACUCUGUCUGACAAAAUCGACAUUACUUUCUCUCUCAAUACGACUACCAAAGCCUACCACGUCUCUAAGCUUGCUGUCAGCGUCUAUCCCAAUCCCACAGAUAAGAAAUUGGUUGUCCUGGAGUCGGAGGAUGUGGAACUUCCUCCCAUUCCCUUUGGCAUGUCCUACAGAUGCUCGCCUGCUGAAAAGUUCAACCUGACCGAAAACUCUAUCCUCGAAGUGUCUGAUCUCCAGGUUCAGGCAUUCCACACUGCCACUGACGGCAAAUUUGGAUCAGCGAGCGAGUGCCAGGCUGGAGACACUGCGGACAUCGUGCCAAUUGUUGUUGGUUGCGCCCUAGCUGGUCUUGUGGUGAUCGUUCUAAUCGCCUAUCUGGUCGGCAGACGCCGUUCUCGCCAGAGCGGCUACCUGUCUAUGUAAAGCCGAAAUGAGAGAGAGCCGCUGCACGCCGCGAUUAAGUCUCUUUGCAAAUUGUAGCAAUAUAACGUUACACAGGAAAUCGAACUCUGGCACAGCUCUUUUUUAAAUUUGGAGUGCAGUGGCGUGUGAUAAAAUGCGAAAAUUCAGAUUUAUAUUUAGUUUGGGGUGUUUGUAUAUUCCAUAAGGGUCGACUGAAAAUCUUUGUCAGUGGAAUGAAUGGUGCCACUUUUAUAUAGUUAGCAUGAACUGAAUAUUGAUAAGCUUGCCCUAUGUCAAAUUUUACAUUGUGUUUCCUUUAGUUUGGCUUGAGAGUAAAAUUUCUCUGUAAUACUCCACUAGAUUCAAUAAUAAAAUUUGGACAGAAACCGAAA